UUGGCCAUGCAACAUAUGUAAUCGUUGUUUUCUAAAAUCGCACAUCGUUGUGAUCACUAUAUUAUUGCAUUGAUUUACUUCCGCAUUUAUAGAGGAUUAGCGUUAUUUGCACACUUCCUGUAUGCGUGUGUGUGAGUGUUUUCGUUCACGUGACAAGCAGCAAGCCUCUGACUCCAGGCAAGUUGCAGAGGAGAACACAAAAGAGAAGGCUUCCAAAAAGAACUCAGACGUCGAACCAAACGCUGCCAACCAAACAGGAUGUUUUCUCUCGGGGAGAAGAUGGAGUUUCUCAUUGCAAACCCCUUUUCGACACCUGUUGGUCAGAGAAUCGAGCAAGCGACCAGCGGCUCUCGGCAGUCCGAGGACUGGGGACUUAACAUGGAGAUAUGUGACAUCAUCAAUGAGACGGACGAGGGACCAAGAGAUGCGGUCAAAGCCAUUAAGAAGAGGAUUGCGGGUAACAAGAAUUUCAGAGAAAUCAUGUUGGCCCUGACUGUUCUUGAGACAUGCGUAAAGAAUUGCGGCCAUCGCUUCCACGUUUUUGUGGCGUCACAGGAGUUUGUGGAAGGAGUUCUGGUGCGAGCCAUUUUGCCCAAAUAUAACCCGCCCUCUGUUCUCCAUGACAGGGUGCUCAGUCUCAUACAGUCAUGGGCCGACGCGUUCCGGACUUCCCCCUCCCUUGCGGGCGUGGUGUAUGUUUACGAUGACCUGAGGAGACGAGGGUUGGAGUUUCCCAUGACAGACCUCGAUGCUCUAUCGCCCAUUCACACUCCCAUCAGGACUGUGCCAGAAAAUGAAACCCAACAAGCUACGGAUGCUCCUCCCCGUCAGUCACAAGCACAAACUUCCACUACAAAUUCUUCACCUGCAUCCCAGUCCAGUGAGGGACCACCUGCCCUCUCUGCAGAACAGAAAAACAAGUUGCAGCAUGAACUUGCACUGGUAAAAGGAAAUCUUACUGUCAUGACUGAAAUGCUGAAUGAACUUAAACCUGGACAGAGCAAGCAGGAGGAUACAGAACUGCUGCAGCAACUCUACUCAGUGUGCAAGAACAUGCAGACGCGAGUGGUGGAGCUCAUCCCUCAGCUGAUGGAUGAAGGACUCAUUGAGGAGCUUCUUGUAGUUAAUGAUGAUCUCAACAAUGCUUUCAUCCGUUAUGAGAGGUUUGACAGACUAAACAAGGCACAAAUGACAAAUACUGAACAACAGAGUUCCGUCAGCCGCCCGGACCGUAUCGACCUCAGCCCAGAGCACUCAAUACUGAGCCAGCCUGCUGUCAUCACAACGAACAAUCAACCCGAAGUCAACACAUGUACCAAUCAGGGGCAGUCGGCCAACCACAAAGAUGAGGAAGAGUUUGAUAUGUUCGCUCAAACCCGAGGAAGCUCCUUAGCAGAGCUGAGAAAGAGUGUUAGGUAUGAGGACCCUGGAGCUGUAGAGGGUCUUGCUGGGGCCCUCGACUCAAAACUGCAAGUCACAGGACAUAUGGGGCAAGAUAAAAACGCUCUACAGAACAAUGUGGAUAAAUGGCUGGCUUGUAAUAUGGAAGACCAAUCUGCAGUCAGUGAGGGAGUCUCCAGUGAAGAAUUUGAUAAAUUUUUGGACGAUCGGGCAAAGGAAUCUGACCAAAGUAAUCAUACGACGUGUGGAACACUGCCUUCCUCCUCCAGACUGCCGCCACAGUCGACAAAGCAACAGGACAGUUCACAUGACCAUCUUUUUUCACUCUAAAUUUGGAAGCCACGGAACAACAGCAAAUAGAUGUGACUUUUUUUUUUAAUAAACAAGCACGUUAUUACUAAAAUGCGAGUACAACUACUACGUUGCCUCGAGUGCCAUGUUUUUCUGCUUGAGUCGCGUGAAGUUCCGCUUGGAUGAUAAUGGCUGUGUGACAUGUGAAUGAAACAAAAGAAUAAUGUGACACAGAGGACAAAAGACAAUCUUGUUAACUGUUGGAUCAGAAGAAAUAAGUAUGUCUGGGUUUUCCCUGUAGAUACAGUACCAUUGUAGAGUGUGCUUCAAGUAAAUAGUGUCUAGAUCCGCUAUUGUGUUACCCCCUCAAAUGAUUUGACUGUUAAAAAAAUAAAUAAAAACGUGAACUGAACAGUGUAUGUACAGUACACACAAAAACCUGCACUACACCAUUGCUACCAAAACACUGCAGAAACGCAGUGAUUAAUCUAAUGUUUGACUUUUUGUGCAUAGAUGAAAAAUUACGAUUGUAUUUAUGAAAGGCCUUAUGUUGAUUCAAACAUUCAAUAAACAUUUAAUAUUUGAAAAAGCA